GGUUUCAAUUCCUGUACUGUUUCUGUGUGUUCUGCCGAGUAACUAGUGAGAAAGCAAGCUCAAGGAUGCCAUUGGCUGGCUGACCCACAGCCGGCUCUGAAUAAUUCAUUGAAAAUAUUGUGACUUUGUGAUCACCAGGUGGACCGGGACCCGGGGCCCGCAAGCCCCACCCCGCCACUAACGGGAGGUGAAGAAAUGCUUUUUUCUCCGCUUUCCGAAGGGUGGUGAAUAUGCCCCUGGGCGGGUUUAGAGGGAAGAGGGACAGCCAGAAAAUCAUUAUUUGAGCGGAGGGAGGAGAAAAGAAAACGCAGAAGUUCAUUCUAGAAGGUCUCCCGUCGCUGCCUCUCCAGGUGACUCUUCUUGGAUGCUUAUGGAGCCAGUUGCUUCUCUGUAUUUUUCCCUGCCAGGCUUCCUUCUCUUCUUCCACCUGCUCAGCUCCUUUGCACCGGUCUCAGUCCAGUUUAAUGUCCUGGGACCAGCUUAUCCAGUCCUGGCUGUGGUGGGAGAAAACGUCAUGUUACGCUGCCACCUGUCACCUGAGAAAAACGCUGAGGAUAUGGAGGUGCGGUGGUUCCGGGCACAGUUUUCCCCUGCGGUGUUCGUGUACAAGGGCAGGCGGGAGAGAACAGACGAGCAGAUGGAGCAAUACCGGGGAAGAACAACUUUUGUGAGUGAAGCCAUCAGCAAGGGGAGUGUGGGGCUGAUCAUACACAACGUCACCGCCCACGAAAACGGCUUCUACUGCUGUUAUUUUCAAGAAGGCAGAUCUUACGAUGAGGCCAUCGUGCACCUGAUAGUGAUAAGCCUGGGCUCUAAACCCGUUAUUGAAAUGAAGGGCCUCGAGGAUGGAGGCAUCCGGCUGGAGUGUGUAUCUGCAGGGUGGUACCCAAAGCCCCAAGCUGUGUGGAGGGACCCUCAUGGUGAGAUCAUGCCCCCCCUGGAAGAGUCUUACACUGUGAGUGCAGACGGGCUCUUUCUGGUCACCACGGCUGUGAUCAUCAGGGACCAUUCGGUGCGGAACAUGUCCUGCUCUGUCAGCAACACCCUGCUCAACCAGGAGAAGGAAACUGUGAUUUUCAUUCCAGAAUCAUUUAUUCCCAGAACAUCUCCCUGGAUGGUGGCCCUGGCGGUCAUCCUGCCCACUCUGCCUCUCCUCAUUGCUGGGAGCAUCUAUCUCAUCAAGAAACUCCAGCUGGGAAAAAAGAUUCUGUCCAUGCAAAAAGAAGCUGAUAAUGAAGAGAAAGAAAUUACACGUAAGGAACUGGGGAAAGAACGUGUGGAAAAAGAGAAAGAAUGCCAAACAAAAGAGCAACUUCAAGAAGAAUUGCGAUGGAGAAGAAGCCUCUUACAUGCGAUUUCCUCUGCAGCUGAUGUGGUCCUGGACCCAGACACUGCUCAUCCUGAGCUCUUCCUGUCAGAGGACCAGAGAAGUGUGAGAAGGGGCCCUUCCAGGCAGAGCGUGCCUGACAACCCGGAGAGAUUCGACUGUCGACCUUGUGUCCUGGGCCUGGAGAGCUACUCCUUAGGGAGACAUUUCUGGGAGGUGGAUGUCGAAAACGUGAUGGUGUGGGCUGUGGGGGUUUGUAGAGACAAUGUUGAGAGGAAAGGGGAGGCCCUCCUGGUUCCUCAGAAUGGCUUCUGGACCCUGGAGAUGUUUGAGAACCAAUACCGUGCCCUCUCCUCCCCAGAGAAGAUUCUCCCCCUGAAAGAGCGUCUUCACCGGGUGGGCGUCUUCCUGGACUGUGAAGCUGGAGAUGUGUCCUUCUAUAACAUGAAGGACAGGUCACACAUCUACACAUGUCCCCGUUCACCCUUCUCUGGGCCCCUGAGGCCCUUCUUCAGGCUGGGAUCCGAUGACAGCCCCCUCUAUAUCUGUCCAUCGUUUAGAGGGGCCCAGGGGGUCACAGUGCCUGAGGGGGGCCUGGUCCUUUACAGGGCAGAGACCCACCACAACCACCAAUUCCCUGGUCUCAGAGCCAGGUAGGGAAACCCCGGCCCAGGCCACCUCUACUACAGCAUCACCUGGAGGAAUACUAUCCUCCUUCCUUCUGGUCACAGGAGAGUCUCCCCCGGGGUUCCCCCGGACAUGUCUUCACCCCCCGGAGCAUGUGUCUCCCUCAUUCGACUAUUGCUUUAGUAACUUGCUGCAUGUAACCAUGGGGCAGGGGCCAGUCUCAGGAGCACUAAGUGCUGCCACAUGGCUCCCAACCAACAAGUAAGUGUGAGAAAGUGACAGGCAGAGAACCAGCUGCUUUAACAUCGGAUGACGCAUUCAGCCCAAGACUGGAAUUGACAUCAGAUACUGUGGAUCUGGGGAUUCCCUAAUAGCUUAGUUGGUAAAGAAUCCACCUGCAAUCUGCUGGAGAAGGGAUAGGCUACCCACUCCAGUAUUCUUGGGCUUCCCGUGUAGCUCAGCUGGUAAAGAAUCCACCCGCAAUGUGGGAGACCUGGGUUUGAUCCUGGGGUUGGGAAAAUCCCCUGGAGAAGGGAAAGGCUCCCCACUCCAGUAUUCUGGCCUGGAGAAUUCUGUGGACUGUAAAGUCCAUGGGGCCACAAAGAAUCGGACACGACUGAGUGACUUGGACUUGCACUUUCACUGUGGAUCUGGGGCAAGGACAACGGGACAUACUGGGAGGUAAGAGGGGCAGGGAGCCGGAAAUGGAGGUCAGAGAUGGAGGAAGUAAGACAGAAGGUCUAUUUCUAACCCACCCCCAGGAUUUCCAGAGCAUGCAGUAAAGCUCCACAGGCCUAGAUUCAGGAUGAUCUAGGAUGAAGGAGGAUGAAGGACAAGGAUGCAUCUGGGCCUGGCCUGGCUCAGGUGUCCCUACAAUAAACAAGGCGUCAGUACUUUGUUAUUGGGUGUGGCCUAAGGUUUAAGGUCCCAGAUGAGCAGAUAAGCAUUGGACCAAGUGGAUCUCAAAGUUCAGGUUCAGUGAGGAGAGCAGUGCUUUCCAGCUUUUUGGACUUAGGAUGCAUUUAGACACAUAAAAAUCAUUGAGGACAGAAAAGUGCUUUUGCUCAUCUGGGUUAUAUCUAUCAAUAUGUGUGGCAUUAGAGAUUAAACUGAGAACUAUUUUUAAUGUAUUUAUUAACAUAUUUAAAAAGGAACAAGUCAAUUAUAGGUUAAUAUGAAAAACAUGUUUCAGGAAUGAUCACUAUCUGUUGUUUCCAAUGUAAAAUAAAGUUUAUU